AUGUCCACAUACCCUACCCUUUCACGCGAUGAAACCAUCGCCAAUUUGCGCCCAGAAUACCCCUCCGAUGCCCUUAACCAAAUCACCACAUUCCUCUCUUCCACCUCCACCAACCCCCGUCGUCUUGUUGUCCUCGACGACGACCCGACAGGCACACAAACCUGCCACGACAUCUCCGUCCUAACAGUCUGGGACAUCCCAACCCUAACCGCCGAGUUUCUCAGCCCUACUCCAGGCUUCUUCAUCCUCACGAACUCGCGCGCCCUCCCGCCCUCUUCAGCAACAACCCUCAUCCAAGAAAUCUGCCAGAACGUCCUCGCAGCCGCAACCGCCACAGGUUACAGCAAAGACAACCUAGACAUUGUGCUGAGAGGCGACAGUACACUCCGCGGCCACUUCCCACUGGAAGUCGACGUCGCGCAGUCCGUUUUGGGAUUUGACGCCCCGACUUGGGUUCUGGCGCCGUUCUUCUUCCAGGGCGGACGGUUUACAAUAGACGAUGUACAUUAUGUGCUAGAGGGCGAGAAGCUGGUGCCCGCUGGCGAGACGCAGUUUGCGCGUGAUGCGACCUUCGGGUAUAAGAGUUCAAAUUUGAGGGAUUAUGUCUUGGAGAAAGCACCCGGGCGGUUUAGUGCUGAGGAAGUACACUCUGUAUCCUUGGAGGAUAUUCGUCGGGGUGGCCCCGAAGCUGUCUCUGAGCGGUUAUUAGGGUUUCCUAAAGGUGGCGUAGUCAUUGCUAACGCGGCCGCGGAGUCGGAUAUGCAUGUUUUUGUUGCUGGACUGUUGCUUGCCGAAGCAAAGGGUGCCCGCUACAUCUACCGCACAGGCGCAGCAUUCGUCUCAACCCGGCUGGGCAUCUACUCGAAACCACCCAUUACAGCCGCGGAGCUCCAACUCGCCAACCCACGAGAAACAGGCGGUCUUAUUUUGGCGGGCUCAUAUGUGCCCAAGACAACAGCGCAGCUUAAAGUCCUCAUCGAGAAACGCGGCAGCGAUCUAUCGGUGAUUGAAAUAGGCGUUGAAGACCUCAUCUCUUCGCCGGAUAGUGCGGCGGACAUGGUCGCCCGUGUCGUGAAGCAAACAGAGGAUAACCUGAAAGCCGGAAAAGACACGCUCGUUAUGACGAGCCGCGCGUUGAUCACGGGUGAUGAUGAGCUGUCGUCGUUGGCCGUCGGGUCUAGGGUUGCUGAGUCGCUGGUGAAGGUCCUGCAAGGCGUGGAGAUUCGGCCGAGGUAUAUCAUUGCUAAGGGCGGAAUUACAUCCUCCGACGCAGCGACGAAGGGCCUUCUGAUGAAACGGGCUUUGAUUGUGGGCCAAGCAGCUGCCGGCGUACCACUUUGGAGGUGUGAUGAACCCACGUCUCGGCAUCGGGGUGUCCCGUUUGUUGUAUUUCCUGGGAACGUGGGUGGUGAGUCUACGCUAUGUGACUUGGUUGCGGCCUGGAGCUAG